GUACUUAUGUUUGUGUUGUCAUUGUGUUACCUUGUUUUUAACGUUUUCAUCGAUAUUGGAAAUUUGAAAGUUAUACAGCCUUUAAUUCCGUAAAUAAGAAAAUACAUUACGAAGCUGAGAAUGGAGUAUGCAACUGUGCUCCUGCUGUGCGACAUCAUACUGCAAAAUUUCGAACCUACAUUGGCUGGAAAUUCUGAAGAUCGCUCUAUGGGUUACGGCCAUUCUCGGAAAAGGAGAAAUUUGGUGUUCAGAGGAGGAGGCAUAUUACAAUUUAUCUUCGGUUUUGGUAUACCGGUUACUCUCCUAGAUCAAAGCAUGACUAUGGGUGUAGUUUUGAAAUUCGGUUACGAUAUUCCUACGAAUGCAACGGUUUUCACGAAUCCUUACGCAGCCACUGAGAAACGAUCAGCGCGGAAGAACACAAGAUGGGACAUGUACUCGGUGCUGGAGGCCACUGUUGACAGGAUGAACCUCGACGGACGGGCUUGCGUUCUCAGAGCGAUUUGUGAGGCUGCCGACACAACACUGCUUUACAACGGCCUUGCAGGCGAGCUGCUACAUGUAUUGCUGACCCCGUCUACGACAAUGGAGGGGCACAGGAGUUACCUGGACACGGAGUACCAUGCUGCGGAGCGUCUUGGCUCGGAGAUCUCCGGCAGCUGUCACCUUCUGUACUCCGAGUGCAAAAUAGGACUUCUGGAUCUCAUUUCUAAGUUUGAAUUAUAAUAAUAAGGUUAACAUCCAGAAUAUAAUUCUCAUAUAAAUUUUCUGAAUUUCAUGCAAACCUGUAACCGUUUCCAUAAACAUUUUUACGUCUCAGAUAAAUCUUUGCAAUCAGUA